GCGAGGCCCUGGUGGCCGCGGCGGCUGCCUCGGUGCGCCGGAGCCCCGGGCCCGCGCUGGCACGCCUCGAGGGCCGCGAGUUCGAGUUCCUCAUGCGGCAGCCCAGCGUCACCAUCGGCCGCAACUCGUCUCAGGGCUCCGUGGACCUGAGCAUGGGCCUGUCGAGCUUCAUCUCGCGGCGCCACCUGCAGCUCACCUUCCAGGAGCCGCACUUCUACCUGCGCUGUCUCGGCAAGAACGGCGUCUUCGUGGACGGGGCCUUCCAGCGCCGCGGCGCGCCCGCCCUGCAGCUGCCCAAACAGUGCACCCUUCGAUUCCCUAGCACGGCCAUCAAGAUCCAGUUCACGUCGCUGUACCGUCAGGAGGAGGCCCCGGCGUCUCCCCUCCGGCCCCUCUACCCGCAGAUCUCCCCCCUGAAGAUCCACAUUCCGGAGCCGGAUCUCCGCACCUUGGUCAGCCCCGUCCCCUCCCCGACCGGCACCAUCAGUGUUCCCAACUCCUGCCCUGCCAGUCCACGUGGAGCAGGGUCCUCCAGCUACCGCCUCGUCCAGAACGUGACCUCGGACCUGCAGCUGGCCGCAGAGUUCGCCGCGAAGGCCGCCUCGGAGCAGCAGGCAGACACAUCCGGAGGGGACAGCCCUAAGGACGAGUCGAAGCCGCCAUACUCCUAUGCACAGCUGAUCGUGCAGGCCAUCUCGUCCGCGCAGGACAGGCAGCUGACACUAAGUGGCAUCUACGCCCACAUCACCAAGCAUUACCCUUACUACCGGACCGCUGACAAAGGCUGGCAGAAUUCAAUCCGACACAACCUCUCUUUGAACCGCUACUUUAUUAAAGUCCCUCGUUCCCAGGAGGAGCCUGGGAAGGGGUCUUUUUGGCGAAUAGACCCUGCCUCAGAAGCGAAGCUUGUGGAACAGGCAUUCCGGAAACGGAGGCAGAGGGGCGUCUCCUGCUUCCGCACCCCCUUUGGGCCGCUGUCGUCCAGGAGUGCCCCUGCCUCACCCACCCACCCUGGGCUCAUGUCCCCUCGCUCCAGUGGCCUGCAGACCCCAGAGUGCCUGUCUCGAGAGGGCUCGCCCAUUCCGCAUGACCCCGACUUCGGGUCCAAGUUAGCCUCCGUCCCAGAGUAUCGGUACUCCCAGAGUGCACCCGGCUCCCCCGUCAGUGCCCAGCCGGUGAUCAUGGCCGUGCCUCCCCGACCGCCCAGCCUGGUGGCCAAGCCUGUCGCCUACAUGCCGGCGUCCAUCGUGACGGCGCAGCCGCCCUCCGGCCACGCCAUCCACGUCGUGCAGCAGGCCCCCCCCGUCACCAUGCUCAGGGUAGUCACCACGUCCGCCAGCUCCGCCAACGGGUACAUCCUCACCAGCCAGGCCUCGACAGGCAGCGCCCCUGAAGCAGCAGGCACAGCCGUGCUGGACCUGGGCAGCGAGGCCAGAGGCCUGGAAGAGAAGCCCACCAUCGCGUUCGCCACCAUCCCCGCUGCGAGCCGCGUCAUCCAGACAGUAGCCAGUCAGAUGGCGCCAGGGGUCCCCGGCCACACGGUCACCAUCCUGCAGCCAGCCACUCCGGUGACCAUCGGGCAGCACCACCUUCCGGUCCGGGCCGUCGCUCAGAACGGGAAGCACGCGGUCCCCACCAACAGCUUACCCAGCAGCACUUACGCCCUCACCAGCCCCCUGCAGCUCCUGGCAGCCCAGGCGAGUUCGUCCACGCCGGUGGUGGUCACGCGCGUGCGCGAGGUGGGGCCCGACGAGCCGGCGGCCGCCCCUGCCACC